CUUCGGUUAGGAAAACAGCUUUCUCUUGGCAGAGGUGAAACGGUGCUGAAGGGCUGCCUCUCCGAACACUAGCCUGGGCCUCUGGGGCUGAGCUGGGCACAAGAUGAAGGGAGCCCUGGUGUGGCUCCUGCUGUGGGGCUUGGCUGACUCGGCUGUGGAGCCAGGCUACACAAUGGAAGCCAGGAAUGCCCCCAAUCCAGAAAUCAACACUGCAGCUGAAAACGCAAGUACGUGUGAACCAGGGACAACAGCUCCCUCACUCUUCAAAAGAGUACCUCUUGGCAACACAAGCGUCUUCGCACCAGAAGCUAACUCCACACCUGUAAACAGCAAAACUACCUCAAUUGUCACAAAUAAAGCAGCUGAGAAGACAAAGACGCGCACACAAGAAACUACCACUUCAGAGGAAAACAGCACAGCUGCCUCACUUUUCGCAAGCACAACCACAGAAAACAAAAGUAUUGCUGCACCAGAGACCACUGCCACAGCGGUUCAAAAUACACGCAUCCCUGUAACUGAAACCACCACCACAACUAGAAACACUACACCUCCUUCACUUUUCACAGGGCCAUCAAUGGGAAACACAAGUAGCUCUGCAGGACAAACCAUCACCAACGCUGUGGGAAAUACAAGCUUCUCUGUACCAGAAAUCAGGACUGGCGCUAAAAAUACAACAGCCGCCUUGCUUCUGACGAGUGUAGCUGUCGGAAACACAAGCACCGCUGAACCAGAAACUACCUCCACCUCAGCUGGAAAUUCCACAGCUGCCCCACUUUUCACAACAACCACCACUAGAAACACAACUACCUCUGUACCAGAAACAAACGUCAUGGCUGGAAAUACCACAGCACCCUCAGUUUCGACAACUACUGCCAUUGGAAACACAAGUACUACUGCACCAGAAAUCACCUCCACUUCAGCUGGAAACACCACAGCCGCCACACUUUCAACAACUACUGCCAUUGGAAACAAAGGUACUACUGCACUAGAAAUCACCUCCACUUCAGCUAGAAAUACAACAGCUGCCCCACUUUCGACAAGGACUGCCAUUGGAAACACAAGUAUCACUACACCAAAAAUCAGCUCAGCUGGAAAUACCACAGCUCCCUCACUUUCGACAAGUGUAACCAUUGGAAACACAAGUACUACUGCACCAGAAAUCACUUCCACUUCAGCUGGAAAUACCACAGCUCCCUCAAUUUCAACAACUACUGCCAUUGGAAACACAAGUACUAGUGCACCAGAAAUCACCUCCACUUCAGCUGGAAAUACCACAGCCGCCACACUUUCAACAACUACUGCCAUUGGAAACACAAGUACUACUGCACCAGAAAUCACCUCCACUUCAGCUGGAAAUACCACAGCUCCCUCACUUUUGACAACUACUGCCAUUGGAAACAGAAGUACUACUGCACCAGUAAUCACCUCCACUUCAGCUGGAAAUACCACAGCCGCCACACUUUCAACAACUACUGCCAUUGGAAACAUAAGUACUACUGCACCAGAAAUAACUUCCACUUCAGCUGGAAAUACCACAGCUCCCUCACUUUCAACAACUACUGCCAUUGGAAACACAAGUACUAGUGCACCAGAAAUCACCUCCACUUCAGCUGGAAAUACCACAGCUCCCUCACUCUUGACAACUACUGCCAUUGGAAACACAAGUACUACUGCACCAGAAAUCACCUCCACUUCAGCUGGAAAUACCACAGCUCCCUCACUUCUGACAACUACUGCCAUUGGAAACACAAGUACUACUGCACCAGAAAUCACCUCCACUUCAGCUGGAAAAACCACAGCUCCCUCACUUUUGACAACUACCGCCAUUGGAAACACAAGUAUCACUACACCAAAAAUCACCUCCAGCUCAGCUGGAAAUACCACAGCUCCCUCACUUUCGACAACUACUGCCAUGGGAAACAGAAGUACUACUGCACCAGUAAUCACCUCCACUUCAGCUGGAAAUACCACAGCUCCCACAUUUUUCACAACUACCGCCAUUCGAAAGACAAGUACCACUGUGCCAGAAACCACCUCCACUUCAGCUGGAAAUAUCACAGCUCCCUCAGUUUCGACAAGUGCAACCAUUGGAAACACAACUACUACUGCACCAAAAAUCACCUCCACUUCAGCUGGAAAUACCACAGCUCCCUCACUUUUGACAACUACUGCCAUUGGAAACACAAGUACUAGUGCACCAGAAAUCACUUCCACUUCAGCUGGAAAUACCACAGCUCCCUCACUUUCGACAACUACUGCGAUUGGAAACACAAGUACUAGUGCACCAGAAAUCACCUCCACUUCAGCUGGAAAUACCACAGCUCCCUCACUUUUGACAACUACUGCCAUUGGAAACACAAGUACAACUGCACCAGAAAUCACUUCCACUUCAGCUGGAAAUACCACAGCUCCCUCACUUUCGACAACUACUGCCAUUGGAAACACAAGUACUACUGCACCAGAAAUCGCCUCCACUUCAGCUGGAAAUACCACAGCUCCCUCACUUUCGACUACUACUGCCAUUGGAAAUACAAGUACCUCUUCACCAGAUACAACCAUCACAGCUGGAAAUACCACAGCUCCCACAUUUUUCACAAGUGCAGUCACAGGAAUCACAGAUUUCGUGACAGGACUGGCUACUGGGACUUCCACAGCAGACGCCGGCACAGUGUCUGCAGCUCUGAGCUCCCUCCCGGGGCUUGUCCCCGUCAGUUCCGCUGCAACAGGUGCCCCCAGGACCUCCAGCCCAGGACUGGCUGCUUCUUCCUCCAGGUCUCCAGGCCCCUCUCCCCAGAUCUCUCUUCCAAGCAGCACCUCAGCUCCCUGCCAGAACGGCGGCUCCCCCGACGGCGCGGAGUGCCUUUGCCCACCGGGCUACUGGGGCGCCCUGUGCGAGUCGUUUGAAGCCCGGGACUGCCAGAACGGAGGCGUCUGGACCGAGGCGGGCUGCCGCUGCCCGGAUCUCUUUCAGGGGGCCCACUGCGAGUUUGCCGUGGAGGCGGUCAGGAUUGAAGCUGUGGUGAACGCAACGCUGGACGUGGAGCUGCAGGUGGUCAACCGCGAGUUCCGCCCGGGCUUUGAGGACCCCACGACGGCCGCCUAUCAGCAGUUCGCCCAGGAGUUCCGAGCGCAGAUCAGCCUCGUCUACGGCGACCUCGGCGGCUUCCAGGACGUGGCGGUCACGGGGCUGAGGCCCGGCAGCGUGGUGGUGCCGCACCGGCUCUUCUUCGCGCUCCCGGUCCGCGCCGAGCUCAACGCCACCUUCGAGGCGCUGCCCCGGGCGCUGGAGCGGCGGGUCGCGGCGGCCGCGGGGGACCAGAUCCUCUGCCCGGCGGCAGCUGGUGAGUGGGGCGGCGAGCGCGGCGAGAGGGCGGCCCUUCCCGCGCCGGCCCGCCUGCGCCGCUCAGCCCCUCUCGUUCCCCGCAGCCACGCUGUGCUUCAACCCGCGCUCCCUCGGGGUCACCGGCCGGCAGCUGGGCCGCUUCAGCGGCGCAGAGCUCUGCAGGGAGCGGAGCCCGCCGGCCUUCGGCUCGCACUACUUCCCGCUGGCGACGGAGAGCGGCUUCUGGUGCGCCUCGCGGUGCCUGGCGGGGGCCCCCGGGGCGCUGCACUGCCAGGCGGGGCGCUGUCGGGUGGGCCGCUCGGGGCCCCGGUGCCAGUGCCCGCAGGACGGCCCCUUCUGGUACUGGGGCGCCAGCUGCCAGGGCCGGAUCCAGCGCCUGGGCGGGGCCGUGGGCCUGGCCGCCCUGCUGGCCUUCCUGGGGCUGCACGUGGUCGUGGCGCUGCUCUCUGGGUCCGGGAUUCCGCGGGCUUGCCGUUGCCGUGGGGGCGCUGAGCGAAGCCGACAGAGCCACGGCCUUGCAAGGAGGAGGGGGCAGUAGAGACCCCCAUCGCGCACUCCGGUGGCCUGGCGGGCCUGAA